UGGCCGAGCCAGGGAGGUGGAGAAGCCUGUCGCUGCUUCGGCCGUCGCAUCCCCCAGGGAGUCGUGUCGCCGUUGCCCCGGCCCCCGAGCCCACGAUCGCCCCCCGGAGCUCGUGUCUGUGUGCCUGACCCCGCCAGCAGCUGGUCUCUUGCCUUGCGGAGCGCGCCUCUUCCAUCAUGUGCGGUAUUUUUGCUUACUUAAACUACCAUGUUCCGCGCACAAGACGAGAAAUCUUGGAGACUCUAAUCAAAGGCCUUCAGAGACUGGAAUAUAGAGGAUACGAUUCUGCUGGUGUGGGAGUUGAUGGAGGCAACGACAAAGACUGGGAAGCCAAUGCCUGCAAAAUCCAGCUCAUUAAGAAGAAAGGAAAAGUUAAGGCACUGGAUGAAGAAGUCCACAAACAACAGGAUAUGGAUUUGGAUAUAGAAUUUGAUGUGCACCUUGGAAUAGCUCAUACCCGUUGGGCAACACAUGGAGAACCUAAUCCUGUCAAUAGCCACCCACAGCGCUCUGAUAAAAAUAAUGAAUUUAUUGUUAUUCACAAUGGAAUCAUCACUAACUACAAAGACUUGAAAAAGUUUUUGGAGAGCAAAGGCUAUGAUUUUGAAUCUGAAACAGACACAGAGACAAUUGCCAAGCUUGUUAAGUAUAUGUAUGACAAUCGGGAAAGUCAAGAUAUCAGUUUUACUACCUUGGUGGAGAGAGUUAUCCAACAACUGGAAGGUGCUUUUGCGCUUGUGUUUAAAAGCGUUCAUUUUCCUGGACAAGCAGUUGGCACAAGGCGAGGUAGCCCUCUGCUGAUUGGUGUACGGAGUGAACAUAAACUUUCUACUGAUCACAUUCCAAUACUGUACAGAACAGGCAAAGACAAGAAGGGGAGCUGCAAUCUCUCUCGUGUGGACAGCACAACUUGCCUUUUCCCUGUUGAAGAAAAAGCAGUGGAAUAUUACUUUGCUUCUGAUGCAAGUGCUGUCAUAGAACAUACCAACCGCGUCAUCUUUCUAGAAGAUGAUGAUGUCGCAGCAGUGGUGGAUGGCCGUCUUUCUAUCCAUCGAAUUAAACGGACUGCAGGAGAUCACCCUGGACGAGCUGUGCAAACCCUGCAGAUGGAACUCCAGCAGAUCAUGAAGGGCAACUUCAGUUCAUUUAUGCAGAAGGAAAUUUUUGAGCAGCCAGAGUCCGUGGUGAACACAAUGAGAGGAAGAGUCAACUUUGAUGACUAUACUGUGAAUCUGGGUGGUUUGAAGGAUCACAUUAAGGAGAUCCAGAGGUGUCGGCGUCUGAUCCUUAUUGCCUGUGGAACGAGUUACCAUGCUGGAGUCGCGACACGUCAAGUUCUGGAGGAGCUGACAGAGUUGCCUGUGAUGGUGGAACUGGCCAGUGACUUCUUGGAUAGAAACACACCAGUCUUUCGAGAUGAUGUUUGCUUUUUCAUUAGUCAGUCAGGUGAGACAGCAGAUACCCUGAUGGGUCUUCGGUACUGUAAGGAGAGAGGCGCUUUAACUGUGGGAAUCACAAAUACAGUUGGCAGUUCUAUUUCAAGGGAGACAGACUGUGGAGUUCACAUCAAUGCUGGUCCUGAAAUUGGCGUGGCCAGUACAAAGGCUUACACCAGCCAGUUUGUGUCGCUUGUGAUGUUCGCUCUCAUGAUGUGCGAUGACAGGAUCUCCAUGCAAGAGAGACGCAAAGAGAUCAUGCUUGGCCUGAAACGGCUGCCGGAUUUGAUUAAGGAGGUACUCAGCAUGGACGAUGAGAUUCAGAAGCUGGCCACAGAACUGUAUCAUCAGAAGUCAGUCCUGAUCAUGGGGCGAGGCUACCAUUACGCCACUUGUCUUGAAGGGGCGCUGAAAAUCAAGGAAAUUACUUACAUGCACUCUGAGGGCAUCCUCGCUGGUGAGUUGAAACACGGGCCCCUGGCUUUGGUGGAUAAGCUGAUGCCCGUCAUCAUGAUCAUCAUGAGAGACCACACUUACGCCAAGUGUCAGAAUGCUCUCCAGCAGGUGGUUGCUCGGCAGGGGCGCCCCGUGGUGAUUUGUGAUAAGGAGGACACGGAGACCAUUAAGAACACCAAGAGAACCAUCAAGGUGCCCCACUCGGUGGACUGCUUGCAGGGCAUCCUCAGCGUGAUCCCCUUGCAGCUACUGGCUUUCCACCUUGCUGUGUUGAGAGGCUAUGAUGUUGAUUUCCCACGGAAUCUUGCCAAAUCUGUAACUGUAGAGUAAGGAACAUCAGAAACUCUGGACGAUUAAGCAACACAAGACACCUUUUGUAUUUAAAACUUUGAUUUGAAAUAUCACUCCUUGAAGCCUUUUUUAGUAAAUCCUUAUUUAUAUAUCAGUUAUGAUUAGUCUACUCAGUUUGUGAUUUUUGUGAAAUUACCUCUUAAAUUUUUUCCAGUAAUCAUUGGGGUGUUUUAAAUAAUGGAAUAUAUGCAGAAGAUUUCAGCUGUUGUUUUCUGUAAAGAAUGCUGGGUGUUGAAUUUCUGGGUCCUCUACUUCUGUCCAAGAGGAUUGUGUUUUAAAAGUAACUGGCAUUGGUUUUACCUUGCUUUGUUCAUUCAGACCAAUGAAAGAGUAGUGCAUUUAGUUGUAGCCUCUAAAGCCCGUGGCAAAGUUUGCUGAUACUUGGAUAUUUACUGAAGGCUUUGCUAAGUUACAUAUAAAUAGAAGAUGCUGUAAUUGAUUUUGAAGCCUGCUUCUGUUUUGUUUUUACAUCAAACUGUACAACAAAAAGCUGAACACUAUUCUUGGUGGAAUUUAUUUCUAAGUUUGGUUAGUCUUAGUUUCUCAAACCUGUUGUCUGUUUUCUGUAGGAGAAGCUAAUUUAGGAGGCAAAAUAUUAUAAUAGGGCAUAAGUGUUCUCCAGUCUUUAACAACGUAAUUUGCACAGUUAUGUAGAUAAACUUUACAUUUGAGCUGCUUUGGACAACUGACAGUAAGAUUUUAAAUUUGAAGUUGGAAAGUUGAGAUGGAAGUUGUGUUCUGCUCUCCUAAAAGUGGUUUCUGUUUCUUUGUAUCUGUAGUCUUUUUUAUUUCUUAACUGUGGAGCACAUCUUUUAUCUUGUUCUUUGAAAUCACAGCAGAGAGUUGCUGUCAUAGGUCUCAAAUAAAAUCAAUCUUGAUAUGCUCAGUGUAUGUCAAGGAAGGGAGAAUUUCCUGCAGUUAAUUCAAGCUUUCCUUCAUGGCCUUGUUGCAUAAGACUGGCACCCUUACUGCCAGUCUGGAAGUUCUUUGCAGUCGUUGGGAAGACUGGCAAGUCUUUGUCUAAUUCUAUGUCUCCCGAUGUCUAAGGAGGGCCUGGUUAGCAAGAACAGGGUGCUUCCUACCCCUAUGGGUGACAGAUGGCAUCAUCUAGGGUCACCUCAGAUCACUUUUCCUGUCUGUGUUUUCUGUGCUCUACCCUUGAAAUUUAUUUACAAAUGAAGAAGUUAUAAAUAAAAGGGUAUUGACGUGCCUUCAGCUGGCUAGUGUAAGAAAUAGAAGUUGACAAUUUGGAUUAAAAUAUUUAAAGUAAAAUAUUAGUUUGAUACCCAAAAAAUUGUGAAUAAUGAUUUCCUUGCAGAGUUUUUUGGGACAGGUCUUGUGAGCUGUAGGAGAGUGUGUGUAUGUUUUGGUUAAGUCCUUCUCUUUUAGAAAUUUUCACUUUGCAAUUGUGAAGGUGAGCUGUUCAGCAGUAAUUUUUUAAUCCAGUCUUUUCCUUCCUUAUUUGUGCUCGAACUUCUUAAUUAGGUUAAGGUUUUCUGAACAGCUGUGAUGGCUGCAAGACGUGCAUAGUGUUCUGUGUGUGUUUUAGGGUUACAGAAAGAUUGGCGUAGUUUGAGGAAUUUGGAAGGACUCUUACAGAUGCUGACUAGCAACCCGUUUUCAAAAGUAAAAUGCGGUCACUAUUUACAUAUAAUUACUUUGGUGGUUUUUAUCUUAGUUUCUAAGAAUACUUUCUGUAAGCCUGCUAGAUUUAGUAUGUGUGUAGUAUAAUUGCUUAUGUUCAGUAUAUUAGCAUUUUACACACAUGAUUUGUAUGGGUUUGUAGCAUUUCUUUUUAUUUUUGAAGUUAGUAGAUAGUAAUUGUGCAUCUUUCUUUGUAGGGUACAGUGUGUUUCGGUACGUUUAUGUGUUGUCUAAUGAUCAACUCAGGAUAGUUAGAUUAUCCUUCAUCUCACAUGUUUAUCAUUUCUUCAUGAUGAGAACUUUCAAAAUCCUCUUAUGUACUUUUUUGGAAUUAUACAAUAUUGUUGGUUGUGCUCACCCUUCUGUGCAGUUGAACAUCAGAACUCGUCCCUCUUAUCUGGCUGUGACUGCGCCACUUCACCAGUAUCUCCCCAUCUCCUCAUCUGCUUUCCUCUCCUCCACCUCUGGUAACCACUGCACUGCUCUCCUUCUGUGAGCUCAGCUGGAAUAGAUUGCACACAGGAGUGAGAUCAUGUGGCAUUUCUCACUCUAUAGUUUGGUUCAGCGUUCCACGUUAAAAUAAUAUGCUAAAUCGUUCAUUACUGCAUUUUCUCCUCUCCUUCUCUCCUUGUUUCUCUUACACAUACACAUGACUAGGUAAGUUCUAAGCUGAAUAUUGAAAGCCUAAAUGAAGAACAAAGUGAUAUUUUCUGAGCCAACAUGGUUUCUCCUCCCUCUUCUUUUUCUUGCUCUUUACCCCAUUUGGUACAGUAAUUUUUAAAUACUUUUAUAAAUUCUUAACAAUCUUGUCGCAGUGAUGCAGACCAAUAAGUGAGCAUAUCCAAUUAAAACCAAAAUAAUAUAGGGUAAGGGAAUCUGAUUUUUCAGAAUAGAUGUUCUACAAUAAGAGUCCUUUAUGUAAACUUUUUUUUUUUUUUUUUUUGACAGGCAGAGUGGAUAGUGAGAGAGAGACAGAGAGAAAGGUCUUCCUUUUUGCUGUUGGUUCACCCUCCAAUGGCCGCCGCAUCGUGCUGAUCCGAAGCCAGGAGCCAGGUGCCAGGUGCUUCUCCUGGUCUCCCAUGCGGGUGCAGGGGCCCAAGGACUUGGGCCAUCCUCCUCUGCCUUCCCAGGCCAUAGCAGAGAGCUGGCUUGGAAGAGGGGCAACCGGGAUAGAAUCCGGCGCCCCAACCGGGACUAGAACCCGCUGUGCCGGCGCUAUAGACGGAGGAUUAGCCUAUUGAGCCACGGCGCCGGCCAUUUAUGUAAACUUCUAGUAGUGCAUUUAAAGUUCAGAUUUCACUCAUGAGCUUAGAGGUCCUCGUACCUGAGCCUUUCUUGGUCAGGGGGUGUGUGCAGCAUCUGACACAUGGCCCAGUAAAUGAUUGUUACUUUGGGAUCAGCUUUUCAGUCUUUUUGAAAAGAAAUCACCUGUGCCAUAGGAGUAAAGGAUAAGAGAAAAAUGAACAGUUUUUAUAACUGUCAGCAAAUGCUUAUUAAUACGCAUUACAGGCAAGUCACUGUGCUAGGCAUUGAAAAUUCCAUCUUCCUCAGAGCACUCUCUGUCUAUCCUCAGGUGGACUUGUCACUUGAGGGGGUGAGGUCUGUUGGGAAGACACAAGGUGAGGAAGUGGAAAGAGAGGGAAUGGAGCUGGGGUGUGCUUUGGGUGAAUGCAUUUGUUUACAUAAAUAAUGGCUCAGAUUUGGAGGCAUAACCAUGUUCAUUAAAAGUGAAAUGUUUGCAAAGUAUACUGUUUCACAGACUGCACAGAUACAUACAUGUGUGGUACUGCGGGGGUGGGUAUGGUGGUGCAGCGGUUAAGCUGUUUGCUGCUUGGAACACCCGCAUCCCAUAAUGGGAGUGCUGGUUUGAGUCCUGGCCACUCUGCCUCUGAUCCAGCUUCCUGAGACGCAGCAAGUAAUAAGUCAAAUGCUUGGGCUUUUAACACUCAUGUAGGAGACCUGGAUGGAGUUCCAGUCUCCUGGUUUUGGCCUGGCCCAGCCCUGGCUGUUGCUGACUAAUGUGUGAAGCUGAAAACCAAUCAAACCUGCUGCUCCUGAAAGGGAACUGACACACGGUGGCAUGCCAGUAGGGCUGUUGGUUAAGAGAGCCAGUACAGGCUUUCUCUCCUAGGUUUCUUGGAAGGUUAUUUCUAACAUGAUAUUGUCUUAUCCUUUUAAAAAAAAGUUUUAAUUGACACAAUAUGUACAUAUUUAUGGGGUCCACUGUGACAGUUACAAGUGUACAGUGUGCAGUGAUCAGAUCAGGGUAAUUGGGACACACCCAUCACCUCAUUCAUUGUUUCUUUGUAUUGAGUUCAUUCAAAAUCCUCUCGACUAGUUGUCUUAUCUGUUUGAAUACAGGUGUUUUUGGCACUAGUUAGGUCUGUGUUGGGAGGAAAGGAGCCUGUUUUUGGCUUCUUGGUACUGGUUUUCACUUCUUGGCCUCUGACAUUUAUUUCUGUUUCUCUUCAAAUAAGAAAACCAGCUGAAGUAUUUUCUUUAGCAAGCAUAUUUUUUAAAAAGUCUGUUAGGGUCAGUUUUUUUCUCUUACUGUUUUUUAAAAUUAGGAUAUACUAUAGCAAUAAAAGAGAAAGACUGCUGUUAACUAUUGCAUGCUACAACUUAAGUGUUUUUUCCUAAAAAAGCACAAUGUCAUUGAAAAUUAUUUAUUGAAAAAGAUUUCAUAGCUCACAUUGAAUUUGUGAAGACCAAAGAAAAUUGAAGGAAAUGGUGAAGGUAUUUUAGUUUCAUGAUAUCCACACAUUUAGUAAAUUUUGUGUACAAGAAUACUGAUUGGAGUGUUUUACCCAUGGAAACAGAGUUCAGAUUACUUUGUUUUUACUAUUAGAGUCUCAAGUAUAGAAAUCGUAACACAUGAAUCAGAUUUUCCCUACUAUAUUUAGAGAUUGUUAAUAUUUCAAUAUCUUCCUAGGCUGAUUAAUUUAAACAUAUCUCCAAAUCUGUGGCAGUGACCCCCAGUCAGACUGAAAACAUUCGCUUCAAACCAGUGAUAUCCAGGGUUAAAAUAAGAGUCAGUUAACUAGCAAGACUGUAAAAUUAUACCAGCUUGAUAUCAAAAUGUUAUGUAAUAUACCAUAAAUAGUGGCUAAUGAGAAUAUCUUAGGACGUUCUCAGAUUACCUUUCUUACUGUAUUAGUUUUCAGAAUGAAUAUAGAAAUGAUCCUGUUAGCUGUUUGAAUGUUCUGUUCUUGAAAGUGUUUUUGCUUAAAGAAGCCUUUUGGUAUUUGUUUAAAUUAUACUUCUCGUGAGGUGGAAAUGUUAGAAUCAUCCUUGCUCUGUUUCAGUUUUGGUUCUUUGAAAUGAAUGUUUAGUUUCCUGAGCCACUUUGUCAUUUUGUCCUCAUGUGUUGUUAAGUCCAGUGUCUCUAAGCCUGAACUGUGAAUAAAUUACCAAAAACGUGCUGAGAAUUUCAUUCUGAAGCAGUGUGCCAGUGUUUGGAGCAUGUCCUGUGUAUAGUUGUGUUAGCAGUGGUACUGUGAUCAGAAUGUAGCCAGUGUUUGCGGUAGUUGUUAAUGAACAUUGCUGAUGCCAAAAGCCUACUCAUUAUUGUUGCUUUUAAACGGAGGAAAUGACCAGAGAACUAGUCCCAGAGCCACAAGUCUCUAACCAUACUUGCCGUGCUUUCACAAAGGGUCAUCAGAGAAAAGCUGCUAACACAGCUCAGAGGUCAGACACUUUCUCAAGUCUUUUACCAUUUUUUUGCAAUCAUGUGUAGUUUGUGGUACAUUUCCAGGCUAUGCAGUGAUAGUUGCAGAAGAAAGAUACUUGAAGUGAGUGACUAGCAAGACAGCCUGAAGUUCUCUUGUGUCUGGCCACCUGCUGAUAGAGGACACAGAAUCCCUUCACGGAUGUCCUUUAUAAACAGCAGUGGGAUUCCUGUCCCUGCUGCUUGUAGCACUUACUGGGUUUGCAGGAAAUGUGUAGACCAGGGCGGUUUGAGUGAGUAGAACUGCUGUUACCCCAAGCCGCGGUGACACCUGCCCCCAGCCCCAGGUCCCACUGCCUUGCCUUUGGCUCCUGCUCAUGCUCUCUGCAGCAAAGCCUGGGCUGCCCCACCAGCAUGGAGUAUUUGUUUCUCAGGCUGCAUUUUUGACAUAAAGUUCAGCCUUACUUCUAGUGAACAGUUCUCAGCAAAUUAUCUUCCGUUGGUUGUCAGAAUUUACUGAGUGCUUCCUAAAUAAAGACCAAGAAAUAAUUUCCCUAAAAAUUAAGAGAUCACUUUUUAUUGCUGUGGCAUUUAGAAAAAAAUACAUUCUUUUAACUUUUUUGGGGGGGGAUGCAGGAAAGAAGUAAAGGCUAAAUUUCUACCAUUAAUCUGAAUGGUAAAUAGUUUUACCUUUUUUCUUUUUUAAAGGGAUUUAUGUAUGUAUUUAAAAGGCAGAGAUACAUAUAGAGAGAGUGCAUGUGAGCUUCCAUCUGCCGAUUCACUCGCCAAGUGGCCGCAACUUCUAUGGCUGGGUCAGGCAGAAGCCAGGAGCUUGGAACUCCAUCUGGGUCUCCUACAUGGGUGUAGAGGCCCAAGCACUUGGGCCAUCCUCCACUGCUUUUGCAGGUGCAUUAAUAGUGAGCUGGAUCAGAAGUGGAGUAGCCAGGACUUGAGCCAGCACCCAUAAGGGAUGCAAGUAUUACGGGUUGUGGCUUAACCCACUGUGCCACAGUAACAGCCCCUUCCUUAAUCUUUUUUACAUGGUUUAGGAACUUUGCUAGUUAACGAGCAUCCUGGAGCUGUAGACUACUCUUGGGAUAACUCACAGAAAGGUGAUCAAGUUUAGUUGUUCUAUCAGCUGAGCCCUUCCCAGGCAGUGUAGGUACAGUAAGAGUGGUUCAUGCCCUCCUUGGUCAGUGUGUCCACACUAGAGUAUCUCCAAGGUUGGAAGUCACAUUUGUGAGCGCUACAGUAACAUGAUUCAGUAACUCAGAUUCCAAGGCUCACUUAGGUAUUUUCUCCCGGAGAAAGCUGUCAUAGAGUCGUAUUUUCUAAGAGAUUUUGGAUAUGAGGCAUGGAAGUGUAGUUGAAAAUAGAGAACCAGAAAUGGAGCUUGUAAACAAUGAGUGCAUCAAUCGGUGGUUUCUAUGGCAAGUCAAAUGUGAGAUUAACUCACUAGAAGCCUUGAUCCAUUGUCUUCAAACAAGACCCUUAUGGGAUGGGGGAAUUAUUAUCUGAGGUAAUAAAGUCUUGUUUAUAGGCAAGAGAAAUAGUAAUGCAUUCAAUUUGAGUUCCUUGUUGUUGGACUUGACUGUGUCUAGCUAGUGUGAUUUAUGGGGGCUUUUGCUUUUUCUUCUUUUGGCUUUUGUAUGUACAAUUGUUUUGAAAUGUUGAGCAUAUUUGCUUUGAAUUUUAUCUCUUAAUUUUGUAUUUAUCCUUUGAAUAAAAAUGAAAACUGAAUAUUGA